UCCAUCCCACCUCACAACCACCUACGAUAUCAGUUUUCAUCGAACUUAAAACAGAUCCCAUCAUGGCCGGGGCUCGGGAACCGGAUUUCGGCUCUUUUUCGUCACCCUCACGAACGGCGGAGCCAGACGCCGGACUCGUCAGCCUUGUCCGCAGUCCCCGGGAGAGUGAUUCUAAAGCCGCGGAUAAUCUGUCCGAGACCGUUACCGAGGCGAACUACUUCUCACUGGACACUGAGAGAGUGUUAGAGAUAGCGAAAGAGUUUGGUAUAGAUGAUUGCUGGUUCCGAGUGCCAGGUGUUCUGGUAUUUGACGCUGAACGGUUCAUAUGGCGUGUGGAAGACCUAAUCCAAUAUUGCGAGCACUUGCGGCUUGGGAACGCUCCCGAGACUCUAGCAAGAUUGGAGACCGAGUUUCGCCGGUUGCGGGACGGCUUUGGCGCUAUUCAACGAGGUCCCUUAACAACUAGAACGGGGGAGAAGAAGAGAAAAAGGGUAUGGAGCCGUCUGAGGUCGCUAGAGGAGGCAUUUGGCGCGGUUAAGAAACGACUGCGGCGUGUUGAGCGAUUCGGUCCCCUUUGCGACCAAUGUCAGUCGAUUUUCAAUACUGAUUACCUUACCAAGGACCCAUGGCACGAACUGACACUUGCCCUCAAUGCCGAUGAGAACCCUUGCUCAUUGUGCCGUCAGCUAAGGGCGUGGUCCAUUGUAUGGCAUAUAGGAAAGCCAAACCAGACAGCGUUAUGCAUUGGGUAUCGGAUACGCCGGAACCCAUACGUUACGAGAAGACCCCACUACAUACUGGAAUUUGAGGCAGUGGAUACGCAGGGUUGCGAUCAUCAACUCAGACUUAGCAUCGUUGCGCUGCAAGAUCAGACUGUGUGCGCUGACGAGGUAGAUACCGCUGUCAAUAUUCCGCUUACAACCUGGCUUCCGCCUCAGACAUUUUCCAGGCGGAGCUUACAGCAGGCCGACGAAUGGCUGCGCGUAUGUCGCAAGGAGCACGCAACAUGUCGAGCUCUCGAUGCUAAACCAAUGAUCACCCCGACGCGUCUCCUCUUUCUUGAGCAAACAGCGACCGGAUUCAAAAUUAGACUCCGUGAGACACACAAGCUGGAGAUAAAACCACAAUACAUCGCCCUUAGCCAUUGCUGGGGAGGCGUGCUCACGGCACGCCUCACACAAGAUAAUUACAGUGGCUAUCUUCAAGAUAUACCUCAAAAAGAUCUUCCUCAAGUCUUCCUCGACACCUUCCAUGUGGCUAGCCACUUUGGUAUCAACUACGUCUGGAUAGAUUCACUGUGCAUCGUCCAAGAUUCGGUUGACGACUGGAAAAGUGAAUCGGCCAAGAUGGGGACUAUAUACAGACACUGCUUCUGCAACAUUGCGGCUACCGGAUUCCGCAAUGGUGAAAAUGGCCUCUUCGUGCGCCAGCAACCUGAUCUUCUUCAACCCUUUGGUAUUGAGCUGGACGAAGCGAUUCCAAUCAACGAGCACCACGCAUCUUCCUCGGGGCACGAUGGAACCAUACGCGCUGGUCAAUAUCUCCUGGUUGACUUCGUCACAUGGGAGGCCGGUGUCGAUUGGGCACCACUUAACUCUCGGGGCUGGGUUGUACAAGAGAGACUUCUCUCGGCGCGUACUCUCCAUUUUGGAGAACAGCAGUUAUUUUGGGAAUGUCAUGAGCUACAGGCUUGCGAAGUCUGGCCGAAUGGGUUUCCGAAGGAAGUCGAUUUUGAAACGAACAAGGUGGAUGAAUCGCAUCAUGAAUUAGUUGAUGAUCGGCAAUUUCCCGAAGGGGUAUUCCUUAAGAUGGGUGACCAAAAUGGAGAGCAUCAAUGCGAUGGUGGUAUCUCCAUCGAUGAUGACAGCGAUAUGGACACGACUCUAUCCGACGGCCACCUGGACCUCAAACCGUACCAUGCAAGCCCCGAGGUCGAGAGGGUGUUUAUUGCGGGGGAGAUGGAGAGGAUAACAGAAAGAAAGGAUAGGAAGACGCGAGAGCUGACAUUCAGGGGCGAUGAGUGCAUCUGGGGCAUGCCAUAUCGGCAUGGCUUCUGGACCUUCGUUGUAUUCAGCUUCUCUGGAUGCAACCUGACGUUCCCAGGCGAUAAGUUGAUCGCAAUCUCCGGUCUUGCGCGCCUCAUUGGCCCUGCUAUGCACGGCAAAUAUCACGCUGGCAUGUGGGAGGAUAAUCUGGUCCAUCAGCUUGCAUGGCAAGUUAGUACAAAGUAUCUAACCACACGCCCGCUAAUACGCCCUGGGCCGUCGUGGUCUUGGGCAUCCGUCGAUGGACAUGUGGGAAUGCCAUACUGGGAUGCCAAUCCAACGAUGCAUCAUACGAUUAUACUUGCCCACGUUCUACACGUCUCGUCAGAUCCGGUUGAUGGAGAUUGCUAUGGCUUUGUGCAUGGCGGCCGCCUACGGAUUCUGGCGUCUCUUGGAGUAUUUCAGAUCUCUAGGCCAUAUACAACAAAUGAAGAGAUGGAGGAGGGUGAAGACGCAAUUUCUAUCUUCUGGGAUAGUAAUGAAGAAGCGCGAAGGUAUGGGGAGACUAAAGACCGGCGACUCGAGAUGUCUCAUAGACAUAAGACGCCGAAUACUGUCGUACAGAAGCUGGACGCAUAUGGUUCUUCGGGCCAGCACGGCGCGAGAGACCUGUUCUUCAUGGCUAUUCACAUGAUGGGAUUCUCCCUGGAACUUUCCCAUGACAUCGAUCUGGGAGGUCUACUCCUCCUUCCAACUGGAGAAAAGAGAGGGGAGUUCCGGAGGAUAGGAUCCUUUGAUGCGUACGAAGACCGGUUCGGUGGCACACCAAUCAUUCAGAUGUUCAAGCGCCUCAAAACAUCCACCACUUUGCUUGAUGACGCAUAUUUCAUUGAGUACGAUGGCGCGGGCCAAUACGUGAUUGAAAUUGUGUAGGCGGAGUGAAUAAUUGUGGGGGAAGCUAGGUGCGGGAACCUCUACCGUAGCGGGAGAGACCCCUGGGCCAGGUGGAUUCCUGCUUGAGCGUGUUACCGCUGUGCGAGAGUGGCCGAGAUCUGUUUGUUUUCUUGGAGGUAGUAAUGCA